UGAAUAUUUAACUUGCAGGAGUAUUAAAUUGUACGAGCUACAACACAGUCAUUUUUGAAUUUUAUUUUUUUCUAUAAUAAAUUUACGACAGUAAAAAAAAAUGAACGAUUCAAAGUAUUUAUCGAAAUUAAAAUUUUUAUUUAAAUGUUAGACAUUUGUAUCAAAACUUAAAUGAAAUUAAUAAAAAAAAAUAAUAAUAAAAGUAAUAAAUAAUAAAUAAUGGCGCGGCUAGCUUAUGAAUGUAAUUCAGAUCAAAAAUUAAAUGAUACAAAUGAUUAUGAUUCAAGUGUACGAUCAUAUAUGUGUCCAGUUGAUAAAUCAUAUUGUCUUUUUUGCUGCUGCAAUCCACAGUGCUGCUUUUUAAUACAACGACGUCCACCAAAACAUUUUUGGGAAACUUGGUACUUCUGGCUCGGAAUAGCUUUACUUAUAUUUCUUAUUUUGUCAUCUAUUAGCACUUACAUUGUCAGUAAUUGUCGUUAUGGCUUUAAUUUAAUGACAACUGGUAAUAAUUUACAAAUACCGUCAUUGAGUGGUGGUACUCGCAUAAAUAAUGAAUUAAAUGAAAUAUCAAUUCAUGUUAUACCGACAACGGAUAUUCUAUUGUCAACGUCUCAUAUAAAAAUGCAAUUGGCCGCACCACAGCCAAAUGCCGCACAUAUGACUCCUAUUGUGGCUUGAAGAAAAAAAAACAAUUUAACAAUCUUGCUCUAUUAAAUUUUAUUAUCGUCAGUAUUUUUUAUUUUUUAUUUAAAAAAAUAGAUUUUGGCGAGACUCGUUUUUUUUUUGUUUGUUUGUU